UCACGCGAGUGAGACAUCUGUCAGCGCAGGCAAGUGAACUGUGGUAUAGUAUUUAAAUCAUAAAAGAGAACCCGUUGUGUCGUAUUAGUUGUACCCAUACGGAGACGAGAUGAUGUCAGAUGUAGUAUCCGUAUAGAAAGUGUUUGCGAAACCUUCCCAGGAAGAAGCACUAUAUCAACGGGGAAAGGCAAGAGAAAGUACAAGUGGAUGGACUCACGGAUCAGAGAGAAAUUCCUCACCUGUGCCUGUGCUACUGGGAAUGCUGUUGCCAAUACAUGACUAACUAUAGUAUACUAUCAUUCCGUCCAGUGUGUUAUAUGCUUCUCUUGUCUCAUAUACUCAGUAUUAGGAGCAUCAUAUCCACAAACCAAUACAAGCGCAUAUUUUGUGUACAGAAUCUCCCGUGCUGCAUGAUGCUUGGAUAUCAUAUCGUGACACGGUGGAACUGACAAGUUGUGCUCGGUAUGUGUUCUUAUCCAAAUGUGAGUUUGUAGAAGAAGAAUCUCGUUUCUCCGAGCAAAAAGAGCGCUCAGCUUCUCGCUCUCGAGCAUUGGUGCCUGCGUUUUCCUCGGAGCCCGUGUCAGUCAGUCAGUGAAAAAAGGUUUGAUGGUGCAGAAAUGUAUGAGAAGUGAAAAAUUCGACUUUUUUCUCCUCUGGUUCGAUAGGGAAAAAGCAGAAGGAUACACACGGCAAAGGAGGAAAAUUUACCAAUUCUUGUGAUAUGCAUUAGGUUUUUUGAGUUUUUGUUUUGUGCGGGCGUGAUCCAUUUUUGUGGUUAUCGGUAGUGCUGUUCGGGGGAUUUGCAGUGAAGAGGAAAUUUUCGUGGGAUACAGCCAACGAAGGUCCAUCGCGUGAAGAAUAUAGUGAGCCUGCAGAAAAUUAAGAGAAAAAAAGCAUAGUCAAAAAGUGGAAUGAUCCUUCCAACCGAAUGAAAAGUGUGUGAAAAAGUGCUGAAAGGAAGGAAGAGAAAGGUGAUUCCAGUGCAUAGAAUAUCGAUUUCGAGAACCGUCAGCUACAUCUCGACUAAGCCUCUAGGAUAUAGGCACACAACAUCAUACAUCUUCUUCAGCACUGAAAACUGGGAUUACCAGGACGGGAAAAUGUUUACGGGUACCCUGCGUCUGAAAGUCUGCGAAGCCUGUGGCCUGCGACCGACGGAUUUUCAAACGCGACAUACGAUGACGUUCGGCAGACUCAGCGAUCAACUCAUCGAUCCGUAUGUCUCGAUAGAUGUUGACGAAAAGUUCAUAGAACGAUCCACGACAAAACCACGCACAUUCGAUCCAGUGUGGAAUGAAAGCUUUAUACACGAGGUGGAAAACGCCAACGUACUUGGCAUGACGAUAUUCCACGAAGGUCCGAUCACGGACGUAUUUGUAGCCAACACGACGAUCCCUUUCGACGAUCUAGUCUCACGAAACGAGUCCGACCAGCAGGAUUUUUGGGUGGACUUGGAACCGCAGGGUCGGUUACACGUGAAAAUCGACCUACGAUGGAACCAGGAGUGCAGCAGUGCCGCAUCGCAGCAGCAAAACUCAUGCCGACGGAUGGGCGUCAAGGAUCAACCGUUCUUGAACCGACGACGCGGUGCUAUGAGGAGGCGCGUCCACCAGGUUAAUGGUCACAAAUUUAUGGCCACGUUUCUACGUCAGCCAACGUUCUGCUCGCACUGUCGGGAAUUCAUAUGGGGAUUAGGCAAGCAAGGCUAUCAAUGUCAAGUUUGCACAUGCGUGGUUCACAAACGGUGCCAUAGUUCUGUCGUGACCAAGUGUCCCAAGAAAAAGGAUGAGGUAUUACCACAGACCAAGCCCGCACCGCAGGAUGCGGCCCAGCGCUUCAAUGUAAAUAUACCACAUAGAUUUGCAGUGCACUCGUUCAAGCGGCUGACAUUCUGCGACCACUGCGGUUCGCUCCUGUACGGGAUCAUCAGACAGGGUCUGAAGUGCGAAGUGUGCAGCAUGAACAUCCACCGGCGCUGCGAAGGAAAUGUGGCCAACAACUGCGGCAUCAACACGAAGCAGCUGGCCGAGUUGCUCAACGAGAUGGGCAUCACCAUGGAUAAAACACCACCACGUAGAUCUAAGUAUUUAAAUCAAGCGCCUAGUGAUAACUCAUCCACCUCGGAACGUAGCGAGGACAGUUCGCUGGAUUCGCUUUCGACCAAGAGUAGCCUGGAUACCGAAAGUCUACAUUCGCAACAGGGCGCACAACAGCGGCCCACAUCUAGUCAACAGCAUAAACUGGCCGGUGCGGCUGGUGCCACAUCUCAGGACGACGAUAGCAACCGUGCAGCGAGCGGGGGCGUGAUGGUUGGCAAGACGUGCCUGAAUGAUUUCAACUUCAUCAAAGUUCUCGGCAAGGGUUCUUUCGGCAAGGUGAUGCUGGCCGAACGGAAAGGUACUGACGAGGUGUACGCCAUAAAGGUGCUGAAGAAGGACGUAAUCCUGCAGGAUGACGACGUGGACUGUACGAUGACCGAGAAGCGAAUUCUGGCACUGGCGGCCAAACAUCCGUUCUUGACUGCGCUGCAUUCGUGCUUCCAAACACCGGAUCGCCUGUUCUUCGUGAUGGAGUACGUCAACGGUGGCGAUUUGAUGUUCCAGAUUCAGAGAGCGCGCAAAUUCGAUGAACCGCGGGCGGCAUUCUAUGCAGCCGAAGUAACGUUAGCGCUGCAAUUCCUGCACCGUAAUGGGGUAAUUUAUAGAGAUUUAAAACUGGAUAACAUCCUUCUGGACGCCGAGGGUCACUGCAAGCUGGCUGACUUUGGAAUGUGCAAGGAGGGCAUUAUCGGUGACAAUUUGACCUCGACGUUCUGCGGAACGCCAGACUAUAUCGCACCGGAAAUUCUGCAAGAGUUGGAUUACGGCCCGUCCGUCGAUUGGUGGGCGCUGGGUGUGCUAAUGUACGAAAUGAUGGCCGGACAACCUCCAUUCGAAGCGGACAAUGAGGACGAUCUGUUCGAAGCGAUCCUACGGGACGAUGUUCUCUAUCCCGUCUGGUUGUCACGUGAAGCGGUGUCGAUUUUGAAAGGGUUCAUGACAAAGAAUGCAGCUAAGCGAUUAGGUUGCAUCGAUGGCGAAAACCAGAUCCGUACCCAUCCCUUUUUCAAGGAUAUGGAUUGGGAUGCGCUCGAGCAGCGAAAAGUACGACCACCAUUCCGGCCAAGAGUGCGAAGUGCACGCGAUGCCCUCAAUUUCGAUACCGAGUUCACCAAGGAGGACCCAGUAUUAACCCCAGUGCCGAACGAUAUCAUCCGUUGCAUCAAUCAGGAAGAAUUUGCCGGAUUUUCGUUCGUAAAUUCCGAGUUCGGUCCGGAGCGUAAAAUUGUUUGUUAAAAAACGGAAGAAUCGCAAACCAGCAGCAGCAGCAACAACAACAACAACAACAACAAGCACACAUUUAUAUACAUUGCGCGCUUUACCGCUUAUAAGUGAUAAAACCAAAGAGUAAACCCAACACAAAUAAGCACACAAACAAAACAAACAUACACACACAACAAAUAGGUGUUGCUCCCAUCGUCGGAGCACUAGUAGGAAACUAAACAAAAGAGCAGAGCGGAAAUGUUAUAGAAGGUUUUAUAAUUGCAGGAAAGUUCUGAUUUUUAUUACAAAUGCUGCACAAAACACACGGAUCGGUAUCGAAAGAAUGAGUACCGAACAUGAUUGGAAAAGAGCUAGAAAAGUUACAAAAAACAGACACACACACUCAUACACACACAUACACACGCGAGAUUAAUGCUUAUUUUUGGAAGGAAGAGGAAGACGACAGAGAGAAAGGUGAGAGCAAAACGAACCAGUCGAUUUUAGUAGGAUAACUUUUAGUUUUAGCGAGAAGGCAGCAUUGCAAAUGCACAAAACGUUUCGUUGAAGAAUCUGUUACACUUUCGGUAUUGCGAAUUUAGUUGCCAUAUAAAUCGAACGAAUCAUCGAUUGCAGUGAUUUUUUUUUCUGUAUCUAAGCUUUCAGUUAAUUUUUAGCAAAACAAUAGCUUUAUUUUCAAGUGUACGCGCGCUAAAAGCAGGGCUUAGGAGUGCAAUAUUUUGAUGUUAACUUUUGUGUUUCUGUUAAGUUUAGAAUUGCUGUUUCCGUUCACGGUAAUCUCCGAUCAGUUAAGUUAAGUUAUCUUAUUACAAGCAUUUUACAAAUAGUAAAAUUCAUUUCCCUACUGUUAUGCAAACAUAAUGUGCUUUGCAUACGAACAAUAUCGCUAGAUAAUUUUGCACCAACGGAAAACUAGGAAACAAUCAUCAUAAUUUGACGUCCAAUUUGAGUGUUCAAAGAGAGAAUCUAUGGGAAGGGUCAUCCAGUAGACAUUCUGUUCCAUUGUCGUUUAUCGAAGCAAAAUAAAUUCCUUAAA